AUGGAAUACUCCAAAGCUCGAGGAAAGCACGACGGACGUUUCACCCAGAUCCGGCUCUGGGUGCAAUUCGUCCUGGGAAAACUGGCCUGUUUGGUCCUGGGCAUUGAUGCCUUUCUCUUUAAGGUGCGCAUUGCCUACAGGAACAUCCACAAGCAGGACAUUCAGUGGUUUGGCUUGCUGAGUGUAGCCAUGUUCAUCGUGCAAGUUCUUGGCAUCGUUCAACUCUCCAUGUUUGUGCGCGGGCGCAUUUUUCUCUUCAUCUUCGGUGGCGAGGAUAGCGUGAUGGAACCGCACGAGCAAGCUCUGCAGAAUGUGUGGCAGGCGAUGCUGGUGCGACGCAUUUGGUAUACCUUUUCAUGGCAUCAAUCGAUUGCUGUGCUGUUGACUUUCAAUGAAGAUGACUUCCAAAAAUUGGUCCUGAACGAGAGGAACGAGGUCAAGCAUUCCUUUGCUCGCGAUGAAUUACGAAUGGACGAUUCUACGGAGAGCAUUGAUCAAAUGCAGGGAGUGGUCAAACCUCGGUGGGAAGCGUUUCGGUGUAUCCUGGUAUCGGUUUGCAGAAAGGCGGAACGUUGCUCGGCAGGGGCCUGUGCGCUGGCGCUCAGCACUCGAAAUCGUCUCGCAGGUCCAGCGACUGUUUCGAGGCCCAUCACAGUGGCAUCACUCAGAGCGCGUGUGUCAAGCAGGCAUAGCAGCAUUGAGCACUCGGGGGUGGCCAGCCUGCCGUUGGAUGCGUUGCACGACCCGACGAUGAGCAGCCCCAGCCUGAGCCGAGUGCUGACAUUGACACCUGCCAGCUACAUUGCCCCAUCUAAGCUGUCGGAGCCAGCUACAUCGCCUGAGGGUGGCGGCUCAAAAAGAAGGGCGACCAGUGCAGAAGUGGAUGCCUUACAAGAGCCGGAGGAGGACGAGCAUACAGGUUUUGAUUUCAGGACAGUGAUCCUAGCGGCCUCGGUGAGAAAGGUGCAACGCAUUUGGCGGAGCAAGAUCAAGAGGAGCCUCUCGAACGUUUUCAAAGAGGCGCCUGAGGACGAUGGCCCUGAACAGGCGGUGUCGCCAACAGGCGAAAAGUCAGACCUGACAGCUGAGCAAGAGCAAGCCCAAGGCGACAACACGCUGCCUGAGCCGCUGCCGAGGUGCUCCGUCUCCACGAUGGGUGGCAACGAUUUGCGCGACACCUUGCCCUGCGAUUUGGACAUGGGCUGGCAUCGCGAAGAGAGCCCUGCCACGGAUGGCCGAUUGGAAGAUGGAGAUGACGCAGUAUUGCAGGAGCGUUCUGUUGAAGAUAAUUAUCCUGCACAUGAUGAUCUUAUGGAUGAUCUGGUGCUGCAAGAGCGUUCUGUUGGAGUAAAAGUCGAUCCUGCAGCAGAGGAACUGGAACAGCUGGAAGUUGCUGUUGACUUGCAGCAGUCACCACAGCAUCAUCAGGAGACCCAAGCACAGCAAAACCCUUCAAGUGAGUCAGGUGGAAAGCUGGCUGAAACCGCUGGGGAAGAUCCGCUGUCAGAUCGGAGUCAGUCCAUUCCGUCUCCUUCCCAUUUGAUCCGAGCAGUCUGCACAGAUAAGCCCAAUGUAAACUCGUCAAAUGUGAGUGAGUCUGUUCGGUCAGAGGGAGCGGUAUCUGGAGAUGAUAGGGAUUCCCCAAUGGAGCAGAAGAAUGAUGUAGCUGAAGUUGAACACGUUGAGGAAAGUUUGGGGAUUCCUGGAAGGGACAGAAGCAGUGCAAGUAUGGCAAGUGAUCCUAUGGAACGAGGCAGCCACAGCAGAGAUGCGAAUGUUUCUGGUGAUUAUUCUGAGGAGUUUGAAGAGGGAAAUGAGGACAACAAACUGACAUUUUCAAUAGCAGUUGUAGAUGUAGACAAGAACGACGAUGAGAAUGUCGCAUCAAAUGAUGGUCCUGAUUCACCUACUUCCCCUGCUUCUCCUGCUGCGGUUUCAGAAGCACCUUCCAGCGAAGACCCAUUCCUUGAAAAUUUAGAGCGCAGUCGGCCCAUUCACACAAACAGUGAAGACCAAAAGGCAUAUUCUGAGGAUGCGAGAGAGGAGUUGGGCGAUGAAGAAUAUUCUGGCGAGUGGUCAGGAGAGGAGCGUUCUGUCGGAGAGGCUUUGCUGGAUCAUGCUACACAAAGCCAGCCAGCUGAAUCAAGAGGAGGAAGAGGCCAAAGUGGAGAAAGCAAUUAUCAACAAGAUGGCACACAUUCUGAGGAUGCGAGAGAGGAGUUGGGCGAUGGAGAAUAUUCUGGCGAGUGGUCAGGAGAGGAGCGUUCUGUCGGAGAGGCUUUGUUGGAUCAUGCAGCACAAAGCCAGCCAGCUGAAUCAAGAGGAGGAAGAGGCCAAAGUGGAGAAAGCAAUUAUCAACAAGAUGGCACACAUUCUGAGGAUGCGAGAGAGGAGUUGGGCGAUGGAGAAUAUUCUGGCGAGUGGUCAGGAGAGGAGCGUUCUGUCGGAGAGGCUUUGUUGGAUCAUGCAGCACAAAGCCAGCCAGCUGAAUCAAGAGGAGGAAGAGGCCAAAGUGGAGAAAGCAAUUAUCAACAAGAUGGCACACAUUCUGAGGAUGUGAAAGAGGAGUUGGGCGAUGGAGAUUAUUCUGGCGAGUGGUCAGGAGAGGAGCGUUCUGUCGGAGAGGCUUUGUUGGAUCAUGCUACACAAAGCCAGCCAGCUGAAUCAAGAGGAGGAAGAGGCCAAAGUGGAGAAAGCGAUUAUCAACAAGAUGUCACACAUUCUGAGGAUGCGAGAGAGGAGUUGGGCGAUGGAGAAUAUUCUGGCGAGUGGUCAGGAGAGGAGCGUUCUGUCGGAGAGGCUUUGUUGGAUCAUGCUACACAAAGCCAGCCAGCUGAAUCAAGAGGAGGAAGAGGCCAAAGUGGAGAAAGCGAUGAUCAACAAGAUGGCACACAUUCUGAGGAUGUGAAAGAGGAGUUGGGCGAUGGAGAUUAUUCUGGCGAGUGGUCAGGAGAGGAGCGUUCUGUCGGAGAGGCUUUGUUGGAUCAUGCUGCACAAAGCCAGCCAGCUGAAUCAAGAGGAGGAAGAGGCCAAAGUGGAGAAAGCGAUUAUCAACAAGAUGGCACACAUUCUGAGGAUGUGAAAGAGGAGUUGGGCGAUGGAGAUUAUUCUGGCGAGUGGUCAGGAGAGGAGCGUUCUGUCGGAGAGGCUUUGUUGGAUCAUGCAGCACAAAGCCAGCCAGCUGAAUCAAGAGGAAGAGGCCAAAGUGGAGAAAGCGAUUAUCAACAAGAUGGCACACAUUCUGAGGAUGCGAGAGAGGAGUUGGGCGAUGGAGAAUAUUCUGGCGAGUGGUCAGGAGAGGAGUGUUCUGUUGACUUGCAGCAGUCACCACAGCAUCAUCAGGAGACCCAAGCACAGCAAAACCCUUCAAGUGAGUCAGGUGGAAAGCUGGCUGAAACCGCUGGGGAAGAUCCGCUGUCAGAUCGGAGUCAGUCCAUUCCGUCUCCUUCCCAUUUGAUUCGAGCAGUCUGCACAGAUAAGCCCAAUGUAAACUCGUCAAAUGCGAGUGAGUCUGUUCGGUCAGAGGGAGCGGUAUCUGGAGAUGAUAGGGAUUCCCCAAUGGAGCAGAAGAAUGAUGUAGCUGAAGUUGAACACGUUGAGGAAAGUUUGGGGAUUCCUGGAAGGGACAGAAGCAGUGCAAGCAUGGCAAGUGAUCCUAUGGAACGAGGCAGCCACAGCAGAGAUGCGAAUGUUUCUGGUGAUUAUUCUGAGGAGUUUGAAGAGGGAAAUGAGGACAACAAACUGACAUUUUCAAUAGCAGUUGUAGAUGUAGACAAGAACGACGAUGAGAAUGUCGCAUCAAAUGAUGGUCCUGAUUCACCUACUUCCCCUGCUUCCCCUGCUUCUCCUGCUGCGGUUUCAGAAGCACCCUCCAGCGAAGACCCAUUCCUUGAAAAUUUGGCUGGCAAUCGACAUAUCCAUGCAGACCCAUUCCUUGAAAAUUUGGCUGGCAAUCAGCCCAUUCCACAGCGAGAGACACCUGCCGAGGAUGUGAAAGAUGAGUUGGGGGAUGGAGAGUAUUCAGGCGAGUGGUCAGGAGAGGAUUCGCAAUCUCUGGAGUUACGAGAGCUUCAGGAGGAGGAGGAGUGCUCAGGAGACUGGUCAUCGCAAGGUUUAGCAUCGAAGACCGAGUUGUGGAUAUUCUCUGGUCAUUUGUAUAACACGAAUAGCGGCAUAGAUUACCCAUGCGGCAUGGGAACUGCUGGCGGCAGAGCACAUGCCGACGCUGCCGACGUGGCCGCUGCCUCAACGGCUGGCUACUCCAGGUUGGAUGAGGUUCAGGGAUCCAACUAUCUGAGCGAUGGCCUGAAAGGUGCGGUCGUGGAAUGUCGUGGACGACGUCUCAAUUUGCACAGGCGGAAGCACGAUGACGGAGACGACGGGAGGUCGAAGUUCCUUCAGCUGGAGGGUCAUCUUCUGUGGCUCGGAUGA